CGUGGGUGGGGGAGCUGAGCGCUGAGCCCAAGGGCUAAAGCAGAGAGGUGAGUCAGUCACCUUGAGCAGGGCGAGCGCUGUGGGCCAAGCAGAGGCCGUAGGGCAGUGGGAGUGCAGACUGAAAAAAUGCAGACCACCGGGGCACUGCUCAUUUCUCCGGCUCUGAUCCGCUGUAGUAGGGGUCUGAUCAGGCCUGUGUCUGCCUCCUUCCUGAAUAGACUAGAGGACUCAUCUAAACAGACUUCCUACAGCAGCAGCUCCCCACUCCAGGUGGCCAGACGGGAGUUCCAGACCAGUGUUGUCUCCCGGGACAUUGACACAGCAGCCAAGUUCAUUGGUGCUGGGGCUGCCACAGUUGGUGUAGCCGGAUCAGGGGCUGGCAUUGGAACUGUGUUUGGCAGCUUGAUCAUUGGCUAUGCCAGGAACCCGUCUCUCAAGCAACAGCUCUUCUCCUAUGCCUUUUAAGGCCAUUGGCUCUUCUGUUUGAUGGUCGCCUUCCUCAUCCUCUUCGCCAUGUGAGGCUCCGUGGGGGUCACCCACGGGUCCCUGCUGCUUCGACUCCACUGGUGCUGGAGUGUGCUGAGCUGUACCAUUAAACGAUGUUUCUCUAAACCCA